AUGCUCAUUAAGAUAACGACGACAAUAACAAGCGAAAUUUGCACACUCCGGAAAGACUACCCUGCUCAAGACGAUUCCGUCAAGUCAUUCGGGUGUCUCGCGGUGAGCAAGUGCGAGCCGUCGUACAAUCGCCAGAUCCGGCAAGCAUUCAGCACUUCGAAUUUCACGAUUCCGCGAAUCGUGGAGCGUAAAGAGCGGUCAGACGAGGACUGGAGGAAAAUUCAACCAGUGAAGAGCGGUCUGAAGGUUGGUUCGGCUCGGGCUUCUCUCGUAGAACAUUCUCUUUCGCCCCGAGAAAUAUCGAAUACUGGAAUACUGGCUUUUCCAGACGGUAGUGGAUACAAUGUGGUGUCUUACAACGCUGUCGGACUGGGGCUCAGCGACACCGCUUUCUCGAGGUUCGACGAAGCCAGGUUUCCUGGUGAGGUUGCAUGCGAUCCGGCCAUGAUUGGCGACGAGCAGACGUCGUGA